GGGAGUCUUAGAGCCCAAGCGGAGGCGGCGCGGAGCGUUUCGGCUCUCAGCGGAUCGGGAACCGGUGUGUAGUGCGAGGCUGCGGCGGAGCCUCUCCACUGAAGGCGCGAGAGGUUGGCAGCUUCGAUUGAAGCACAUCGAACGGUGACAGCAGUGGAAGUCAUGAGCGACAGCGGCGAGCAGAACUACGGCGAGCGGGAAUCCCGUUCUGCUUCCAGAAGUGGAAGUGCUCAUGGAUCUGGGAAAUCUGCAAGGCAUACCCCUGCAAGGUCUCGCUCCAAGGAAGAUUCCAGGCGUUCCAGAUCAAAGUCCAGGUCCAGAUCUGAAUCUAGGUCUAGAUCCAGAAGAAGUUCUCGGAGGCAUUAUACAAGGUCACGAUCUCGGUCCCGGUCCCAUAGACGAUCUCGUAGCAGAUCUUACAGCAGAGAUUAUCGAAGACGGCAUAGCCACAGUCAUUCUCCCAUGUCUACUCGCCGGCGUCAUGUUGGGAAUCGGGCAAAUCCUGAUCCCAACUGUUGUCUUGGAGUAUUUGGAUUGAGCUUGUACACUACAGAAAGAGAUCUAAGAGAAGUGUUCUCUAAAUAUGGCCCAAUUGCUGAUGUAUCUAUUGUAUAUGACCAGCAAUCUAGACGUUCAAGAGGAUUUGCCUUUGUAUACUUUGAAAAUGUAGAUGAUGCCAAGGAAGCAAAAGAGCGUGCCAAUGGAAUGGAGCUUGAUGGACGUAGGAUCAGAGUUGACUUCUCCAUAACGAAAAGACCACAUACUCCAACACCAGGAAUUUACAUGGGGAGACCUACCUAUGGCAGCUCACGCCGUCGAGAUUACUAUGACAGAGGAUAUGAUCGAGGCUAUGAUGAUCGGGAUUAUUACAGCAGAUCGUACAGCUCAAGGCAUGCAUGCUAAGAUGCUUCAGUUGUUUCCAACUCUGCAACUCUAUGGACUGUAGCCUGCCAGGCUCCUCUGUUCUUGAGAUUCUCCAGGCAAGAAUACUGAAAUAGGUUGCCAUGCCUUCCUCUGGGGGGCAACUCAGAGCAUGUGGAUCUUAAAUUCCCCAAUUAGGGACCAAACCUGUGCCCCCUACAAUGGAGUAUUAAACCACUAGACCACCAGGGAAGUCUCUGGAUUUUAUGGUUUUACUUUUUUUUGGUAUGUUUAUUUUUUAUAAGCACCAAGUUGUAAACCAAUGGGACAAUAAAAUUAUAGACCAUACUUCAGUCCCCUCCCCCAUGAACUGAUUUUAAAUAUCAUUGCUUUAUAAAGCAAUUUUUUGGUAGCUGAGGAAUUGUGUUGAAGGACGAGGCAAAUUGAUUCUUGGAAAAAUCUAAAGAAGUAACUAUUUAAGUUUGCUAUAACAAUGGUAAGAUGUUUAUUAUUAAUACUAACAAUAUUGAUACAUUUUUCAGGGGUUGAUAGGGAAAUGCUCAUGAUACUAGGAAUACUUUGGAAAGUAAAAAUGAAGUAAAGUUCUCUAUUUAAGCAACAGCAGGUAAUUUAGAUCUUGCGUUGUUUGUCAAAAUGCAAACUGUGUAGUAAAUAUUGACCAUAACAGUUAAUCCAUGAUACCCUAUUUUGGUGUGGUGGUGAGCUGUCUUUUUUUUGCACACUAUUCUGUAAUUUUUAGAAAGUUGACAGUCCUGACAUUUAGCACUGACAGACUUUCUUAAGUGGCAUUUUUGUACUGACAUGUAAGGGAUUGACUUGUGGAGGCUGCAAAGAUUAGUCUUAAGAGUACUUACUAUGAUACUCAUUUUAACCACCAGGGAGAGCUCUGUCAGUUUGUAAAGGGGUGGCAAAAGCAACUCUUCAUUGCUUAAAGGAAACUAGCUUUCACUUCUGUUUUAAUUUUAUUGCAUGAAUUGUGCAUUUUGAAAACUUAAAAUGUUUAUUU